AUGGCAAUGAACUCAUCAAAAAUCAUGCUCACCUUGCUGGUUUUAACUAUGAGUAUAGCCAUAUCUCUUUCAACUGUUGAUGAUGAAUCACAUGUCAACAUAAAGAAUGAUAACGCUAAUGAACAUGUGUUACCAGAAGGCGAGGAACCAUCCUUUCUCCCAAGAAGGGGUCGAUUUCUUGCCCAACAGUUCAAAGCUGUGAGAACUUGUGAAGUGUACCCUAAAAUCUGUCGUGAUAAGAACAGCCCGGGGCCUAAUUGCUGCAACAAACAAUGUGUUAAUCUGAUGACAAACAAACUUAACUGUGGGAAGUGUGGAAAAAAGUGCAACUACUCUGAAAUGUGUUGCCAAGGGAAAUGUGUGAACCCAUCCAGUGAUGAGAGACACUGUGGCCAGUGCAACAAGAUGUGCAGCAAGGGAAGUUCAUGUGAGUAUGGGCUAUGCAGCUAUGCUAAUUAA